CCAGGUCGUGUCCGGUCAGUGUACGUACGUUACUCUUAUAAAUAUAAUCAUCGUCAAACAGAAAACAUUACACACUUGCUGUAUAGAAGUAUGAGGACACACGUGGUAAAGAUAUUACUGUGCUGGAUAUGUGUGGUACUGACCUACCAUACUGUCCACGGUGGCAGCAUUUCGACGUGCUGGCCUGUGUCUAACUGCGACCACGGCACGAUGGAUGGAGCCACAUGUGUUUGCGAUGCAGGUUGGAGCGGUCUUUGCUGUGACGAGCAGCCGAUCGAAUGCCAAAACAACGAAAACUCCAUAUGUUUCGAUUGCAUCCGCUACCAGGUGUUCACCAAACAAUCGGAAACAGGCAGGUUGUCUUGGACUGCAGCACGAUCAAAAUGCGAGGAGCUCGGUGGGAAUUUAGCUAUGCCACACACUCAAUCUAUUAACAAAGACGUUCGUCAGUUCAUCUUUAAUAACGAUCUAGAUGACGAAGUCAGGAACGGGCUUUGGAUCGGGCUUCAUCGCAAUGGAGAAGGCAAUUUCGAGUGGGUGAACCCAUCUAUCAACGUGGAUUUCACCCACUGGGCGGGUAACCAGCCUAACAACCAUCGUAAUGAACAACACUGCGUGCAAUUGUGGAAAAGAAGAAGCAUGAAAUGGGAUGACGCCAAGUGUGGGGUAAAGAAGAGUUACAUUUGCGAAUUCUCCUAUUGUGCCUAACUAUCAACUAUUGUCCACUUCAAGAAAGUAUUUGAAUAAGUAAAAAGUUAAAUGAAUAUAGCAUUAACUCAGUAGUAAUUUGAUAUGUAAUUAUUUGUAAUAACUGUGUUAACCACUAAUUUCAAUUUGUUUAUUCUUGGUGACUGACCUUAUUAAUAGUGACAAAUAGUGUGAUAGAAAAAUGUUGUUUCAAACAAAUGUUUCUCUUAUGUAAUGUAGAAACAAGUAAGUGAAUAUAUUAAAAUGUUC